AUGCUUUUCCAAUCAUUAACUGUAAUAAUUACCCUUCAAGUACCCCUAAUUGAGUCUUGUGUUAGAACUAUACCCCCUGAAGAAGUUUAUAUCACUUCUACACCUGAUAAUUUUCCUGGUCCACCUAUUCCGAUAGUGCCGGUAGUUACGCAAGGACCAAUUAUAGAGGAUCCCGAAAAUCCGGAAAACCCUCCAACAACAAAUGCUCCAUCUGCUCCUUGUUUCAACUGUGACAUUGAAGCAAUCAAACCAACAAUGCCAGGAGGUACCACUUUCAGUUAUAUAGACAGAGAAGAUCUUUGCAAAAUCACAACAAUAACAUGUGAAACGGAUAACAUGGGAUCUUGUGCUUCGAUUGUGCUUAGACGCGGAUAUCACUCGACUGUAUUGUGA